GAAUAUGAUAGUAAUAGAGUCGUGGGGUUUGACUUACCUGUGAAAACGACACUGCCAACAACAUCUCGUCUUCCCUAUCCUUCUUGUCUCAGACUCCAAACACUCACUGGCACUGCAAUUCUCUCUCUCUCUCUCUCUCUGCUUCAAUUUCACUGCUACUAUUGGAUUAGCGAUGCCGAGAAAUGAAGCUUAGGUUGAAGAAAUGGGAUGUGUGAUUGGCCGCGAAGCGUCUUCUGGAGUAAUCAACGAGGAGAAGAGUUCGCGUGGUGGGGGUAACAGGAAGCUUGAUGGAGCAGCCUCGGGGAGCAGAGGAGAGGCGGUGGUAGAGGCUCAGAAUGGUGGGAAGGAGGAGAAGGGUGGUGGUGGUGAUGGGGUGCAGGAGAGGCAACGUGGAGAGAGGAGGAGAUCGAAGGGAAAGGCUAAUCCAAGGCUGAGUAAUCCGCCCAGGCAUUUGCGGGGAGAGCAGGUUGCAGCUGGGUGGCCACCCUGGCUCACUGCUGUUUGUGGGGAAGCUCUCAAUGGCUGGAUUCCAAGAAAAGCUGACACCUUUGAGAAAAUUGAUAAGAUUGGGCAAGGAACUUAUAGUAAUGUGUACAAAGCUAAAGACACUUUGACGGGUAAAAUUGUUGCUCUGAAGAAGGUUCGAUUUGACAAUUUGGAGCCUGAGAGCGUAAAAUUCAUGGCUAGAGAGAUUAUUAUUCUGCGAAGGUUGGACCAUCCCAAUGUUGUAAAGUUGCAAGGCUUAGUUACAUCGAGGAUGUCCUGUAGUUUGUAUUUGGUGUUUGAUUACAUGGUACAUGAUUUAGCUGGACUUGCUGCAAGCCCAGGAAUCAGGUUCACAGAACCUCAGGUCAAAUGCUACAUGCGUCAGCUGCUAUCAGGACUUGAGCACUGUCAUCACCGUCGUGUACUUCACCGAGAUAUUAAAGGAUCAAAUCUUCUUAUUGACAAUGAAGGAGUACUUAAGAUUGCUGACUUUGGACUGGCAUCUGUUUUUGAUCCAAACCAUAAGCAUCCUAUGACUAGUCGUGUAGUAACCCUGUGGUAUCGGCCUCCUGAGUUGCUCCUUGGUGCCACCGAUUAUGAUGUGGGCGUAGACCUUUGGAGUGCUGGAUGUAUUUUAGGAGAGUUACUUGCUGGGAAGCCAAUUAUGCCUGGUCGUACAGAGGUGGAGCAACUGCAUAAGAUAUACAAACUAUGCGGUUCACCUUCUGAUGAAUAUUGGAAGAAGUCAAAGUUGCCGAAUGCUACCUUGUUUAAACCUCGAGAGCCGUACAAGAGAUGCAUAAGGGAGAUAUUUAAAGAUUUUCCACCAUCUGCACUACCCCUUAUUGACACUCUUCUUGCAAUUGACCCUGUAGAACGGAGAACUGCAUCGGAUGCUUUAAGAAGUGAGUUCUUCACAACGGAACCUUAUGCUUGUGAUCCUUCUAGUCUUCCAAAAUAUCCCCCAAGUAAAGAAAUGGAUGCUAAACGACGAGAUGAUGAAAUGAGGAGACAAAGAGCUGCAGGCAAAGCUCAGGCUGAUGGUUCAAAGAAGCAUCAUCGUACACGCGAUCGUGCUGUCAAAGCUUUUGCUGCUCCUGAAGCCAAUGCUGAACUUCAAUCCAAUAUUGAUAGAAGACGUCUAAUCACUCAUGCAAAUGCCAAGAGCAAGAGCGAAAAAUUCCCUCCACCACAUCAAGAUGGACAACUUGGCUUUCCUUUGGGAGCUUCACAUCAUAUUGAUCCAGAUACUGUUCCUACCGACGUCUCUUUCACAUCAGUCUCUUAUAACUUCCCAAAGGAGCCAUUCCAAGCUUGGUCAGGUCCUAUUGGCAAUGCUGCGGACAUUGGAGUGCCGAAGCGGAAGAAGAAACACACUACAGGUGAUGCAUUGGAUUUAUCAAAACCACAGAAAGGUGCCCUCAAAGAUAAGGUUAAAGGAAAGAAAAUCAUAGCUUAGAUAUUUAUUUAGUACAUUCUCAUAGAGUCAAUUAAGAAUCUGCCCCUGCUGCUGCCUCAUUUUUGGGUGCCCACCAAUUGUUGUGCAAAUAUGUACUGCUGCUGCUUACCCUCUUCCUGAGGUAAAGUAUAAUUGCUUCUCAGGAAGGGAUAAAAAAUAAUUUGUUUUUUCACCAUGCUUUACCCGUUCAAUUUUUUUUCUCAUUAUUUCUUGUUUUUUAUUAAAAUGAAGAAUUACUUUUCUGUUCAAUAUGUUGGUAUGGUGAGAGAAUUACUAUGAUGUACAUUGUGACUUUUUUUAAAGGAGAACCCUGUGUUAAUAUCUGGAUUAUGUUUAAUUUGUUGAGAAUUGUAAUAAACUCUAUAGCUAUUCCUUGUCCUCAUUUUUUGAGAGUGAUAGUAAGGAUGAAAAUUGAAAACUGAAAAGUCUUGUAAUCCUUCUACUUCACUUGUCAAAAUUAAAUCCAUAUUUUAAUAGUUACUGUCA